AUGUUGUCGCCGCCGGAAUCUGCACUUGUAAUUACUGCUAGGGGAUAUAAAGAAACAAAAGAAAGGGAUCGCCGAAUGUUUGGCGCAUCCCAAUUCAAUGUUUCUGAUGUUGGCUCCCCUUCUUAUAUUGUUCACGCUCCAGAUAUUCUGUCCAAAGGUGGAAUCUCACAUCAGCGUUUAAAAAGGGUGCAUGUAUUUAUUUCACUUAUAUUUGUGAAUCACAUAUUGUCAUUUGCCUUGUAUUUGCUAAGAAGAGCUCAAGGCCUAAAGUAUCCGCUUCCGGUCAAGAGAUUGGCUUGCAUGAUAAUAUCUGGAUCUGCCACUCCAGAAACUCUUGACAUAUUUCAGCCAGCAACAAUAUCUUCCGAAAUGAUUUUACUGACGGAGAAGGAAUAUGAGCUACUGAGAAGCACAUUUGAAGAUGCAGGGUUCACAUAUGAGCAGAUUGCAUUUUUGUCAAAGAAAUGGUAUAUUGAUGUAUUGGCACGUAUCCGUUUCAAUUCUUUUCGGAUUGAAUUGGCCAUGGGAUCGUAUGAAGAUAUAUUGUCAGUAGCAGCAAAAGUAGAAGCAGAGGCUGCAGUUGGAAAUGCUAUUUAUAUGCUACCAUCAUUUUAUAAUCAUGACUGUGAUCCCAAUGCACACAUGUUGUGGAUAGAAAGUGUGAACACAAAAGUGAAGGUGCUUCGUGAUAUAGAAGCAGGGGAAGAGUUGAGGAUAUGCUACAUUGAUGCAAGCAUGGAUCAUUAUGCUCCUGCAGCUAUCCUUUCUGAAGGAUUUGGUUUGACGGAAUACAUAUACAGGCCCUUGAAAUAUUUCACUUUUCCCGUAUAGGCACCUAAAUUAAGAAAGUUUGCAGGUACUCACGUCUGGGAGGCGCGUGAAAUGUCAUGGAACCAGCUUAUGUGGCACCCAACGAAUCUUUUAUCCUCUUUUUAUACCCAAUUUCUUUUUAAAAAAAAACCCUAAUUCCCACUUUCUUCCUCUUUUUAUACUCAAUUCUUAAUAUCCACCAUUUUUGUCUCCUAAAUUCUCCUUCUCCUCUUAAAUUUCUUUUCAGCCUUCUCUUGCUCUGCUUAAACUCUCCUACUCUUAUAAAUUUCUUCUUCUUACCCGUUUUUAGUAGUAAUGUCCAAUUCAUCUUUUUCAUUGUCUUCAUCUUCUUCAAUUCCAAAAGGAGUACGUUUCUGUGGGGUGAAAGCUGAAAUUAAGACCUCGUGGACACAACUCAACACUGGUCGGAGAUUCUUUUGCUGCAAAACUUCAAAGGCGAGAGGUGGAUGCAAUUAUUUUGACUGGUAUGAUGAUGAAAGACGAUGUGGGGUUUAUUGAAAAAAGUCAAAUCAUUUGAAGAAGAGAGGAAUCGAUCAAGAAAAUUUAAAGUGAUAUGCGUUGGGGCGAUUGUGAUUUUGGCUACAUGGAAUUUCUUCAAGAAAUGUUCUUAGAUUUUGGCAAAUAUUGGCUUAGGUUUCUUAUAUAUGUGACUGUUUUGAUUUGGCUAAUUCUGAAAUAUAUUAGUUGUAUUGGGACUGUUUUGCUUUGGCUUUCUUGUUGUAGUGGGAUUGUUGUGUAUGAAACAAUUAAGAAGGAAUGAAGAUAAGUUGUGAAAUGUUACUCUCU